UCAUGUUAGCUAACGGGGCUACAUUUAAUGUUUCUGUUGACUGCUGAACAUGUCUGCCUCAAUGGUGGCGAGAGCGACGGUCAGAGCUGUCAGUAAAAGAAAGAUAUUAGCUACAAGAGCUGCUUUAACUCUGACUCCUCCUGCUGUGAAUAGGAUCCGGACCCUCCUGGAGAACAAGCCAGAAUAUAUUGGUCUGAAGGUGGGUGUGAGGACAAGGGGCUGUAACGGUAUGACCUACACUCUGGACUUCACCAAGCAGAAGGAUCAGGCUGAUGAGGAGGUGCUGCAGGAUGGUGUCCGUGUAUUUAUAGAGAAGAAGGCCCAGCUCACUCUGCUGGGGACAGAGAUGGACUUCGUGGAGUCCAAGCUGUCCAGUGAGUUUGUCUUCAACAACCCCAACAUCAAGGGCACCUGUGGCUGUGGAGAGAGCUUCAACAUCUGACAGGGCUUCCUGCGGUGGAGAGGGCUUCAACAUCUGAGAGGGCUUCAACAUCUGAGAGGGCUUCAACAUCUGAGAGGGCUUCCUGCUGUGGAGAGGGCUUCAACAUCUGACAGGGCUUCAACAUCUGACAGGGCUUCCUGCUGUGGAGAGGGCUUCAACAUCUGAGAGAGCUUCAACAUCUGACAGGGCUUCAACAUCUGACAGGGCUUCCUGCUGUGGAGAGGGCUUCAACAUCUGAGAGGGCUUCAACAUCUGAGAGGGCUCCCUGCUGUGGUGGCCUCCCAACACACACACCGCCCAACCCUGCCUCCCUCCCUCUCUCAUACAGCUCAUCUCUUCCCCACUUCCCUCUCUCUCUCUCACAGCCCGUCUUCCCCGCCUCUCUCCCUCCCUCUCUCUCACAGCCCGUCUCUUCCCCUCUCUCACUCUCUCUCUCACAGCCCGUCUUCCCCGCCUCUCUCCCUCCCUCUCUCUCACAGCCCGUCUCUUCCCCUCUCUCACUCUCUCUCUCACAGCCCGUCUCUUCCCCUCUCCCUCCCUCUCUCUCACAGCCCGUCUCUUCCCCUCUCUCACUCUCUCUCUCACACAGCCCGUCUCUUCCCCUCUCUCCCACUCUCUCUCUCACAGCCCAUCCCUUCCCCUCCUCCCUCCCACUCUCUCUCUCCCACAGCCCAUCACUUCCCCUCCUCCCUCCCACUCUCUCUCUCACAGCCCAUCCCUUCCCCUCCUCCCUCCCACUCUCUCUCUCACAGCCCAUCCCUUCCCCCUCCUCCUCCCUCUCUCUCUCCCACAGCCCGUCUCUACCCCUCUCUCUCUCUCUCCCACAGCCCAUCACUUUCCCUCCUCCCUCCCACUCUCUCUCUCACAGCCCAUCCCUUCCCCUCCUCCCUCCCUCUCUCUCUCCCACAGCCCGUCUCUACCCCCUCUCUCUCUCUCUCUCACAGCCCGUCU